GGCGGGCAGUGUGGCCUGAGCGCCCUGCGAGGGAGGAGUGAAGAGUUGGCCCUCGUCACUGGGUUUUCGCGCUGUUCCCGUUCAGUGUUCACAAGUCCCGGGUGUUCCAUCGCCAGCGUGGCCUUUUUCUCGCUCUUCAUACUCGGCCGUGACCUGCUUGGCUGUGUGCGUGUGCUUUCUAUUUUUAUUCUCUGAUUUUUCGCUCUAUAUUUUUUUUUGUGCUAAUCGAAGAAAGCUAAGCAUGAUCACACAGCCUUCACUAUGAGGAAGGAUUGAUCCCUUCUGAAGAAGAUAAAUGAAGAAAGAAUGAAAUAAGAAAAAUCCAGAGAGAGAAAAGAAGGAAGGAGUAAAAGAAAGAGGGAAGCAACAAACAAGAAGCAAAGAAAAAGAGAGAAAAGUUAGAGAGAGAAAGGAAGUGAAUUAACAAACACGAAUAGAAGAAAGAGAGAGAGAAAGCGAACAAAGAAAAGAGGAGACAUAGGCUAAUAAAAGUGGGAGUAUUUGCAUGACGAAGUCGAAGCUAGGGGGAGGAGGAGGAGGAGUAGGAGGAGGAGGAGCAGGAGGAGGUGGUGGAGGAGGUGGGGAUCUUCUUACCAUGGAGGGGAGCAACCACCACCACCACCACCACAACACUACCCCCUCCUGCACGAAGAACAAAGGGUGCUUCGUGGGACGCGGCGUCGGGGUUCUGCUGGGAGUGAUGUUCGUGAGUGGUCUGGUGGCGACGGGGCUGCUUGUUUACUACUACGCCCCGCACGAGAAACAGACGCAGGACGAGGCUGUGCUGGUGCCGCGUGUUCAGACCAACGUGCGCAGGGCACCCAACACGAGGAAGCGGUUCAACUGCACCACCCGGAGGUUUGGGGGCACUAGAGGAACUGAAACUACCACAGCCACUACUUUUCCAUCCACCACCCCCUCCAGCACCCCGAGUCUUCUCAGUACCUUUGUACCCUUUGAGGAAGAACCGGAUGUACGUCUCCCUCGAACGCUCCGGCCCUUACACUACUUGGUGAAGCUGCAGCCGCUCAUCAACGGGAACCUGAGCAUCCUUGGCUACAUGGAGGUGGAGAUGGAGGUGCUGGAGGCCACUGUUAACAUCACACUGCACAUCGCCGACAUCAUCACUCACAAUGAUACUAUCAGGGUUACCACGCCUGGCGACCUGGACGGCCCAGGACUUAAGAUCAGAAAACAUGAGUACGACCACGAGAGGCAGUUUUAUUUGGCCCACCUGGAGGAGCCGCUGGUCGAGGGGGAAAAGUACGUCCUCUCAAUGGGAUUCGAGGGUCACCUGAACGACCAGCUGCACGGCUUCUACAGGUCCACCUACAGGGACUCUGACGGCACGGAGAAGGCGAUGGGCGUGACACAGUUCCAGGCGACAGACGCGCGACGAGCCUUCCCGUGUUUUGACGAGCCGGCCCUCAAGGCCACCUUCGAGGUGUACCUCGGCCGCCAGAUGAACAUGACCACCAUUUCCAACAUGCCCAUCAUUGAAACAAUUCCCAUGCUGAAUCAGAAGGGGUGGGUGUGGGACCACUAUGACACCACUGUUCCCAUGUCCACCUACCUUGUGGCUUUUGUUGUGUCAGACUUCGCCAAUCUUUCCACCAUCGCCAAUAACAAGACACUCUUUAGAGUGUGGGCGCGGGAGUCCGCCAUCCGGCAGGCUGAGUUCGCGCAGCAGGUGGGGCCGCCCAUCUUGCUGUAUUUCGAGGAUUACUUCAACCAGUCUUACCCGCUGCCCAAACAAGACAUGAUUGCAAUCCCAGACUUCUCUGCCGGCGCCAUGGAAAACUGGGGCCUCAUCACGUACAGGGAGACAGCGAUGCUCUACGACGCGCGAGUGUCCGCCGCCUCCAACAAACAGUACGUGGCGGCGGUGGUGGCGCACGAGCUGGCGCAUCAGUGGUUCGGUAAUCUGGUAACGCCUCGCUGGUGGACAGACCUGUGGCUUAACGAAGGGUUCGCUUCUUAUGUCGAAUACAUCGGUGUGAAUCACGUGGCCCCGACGUGGCAGGUGAUGGAACAGUUCGUGCUCAACGAGUUACACAUAGUGUUUGGAUUGGAUAGUCUGGAGUCCUCACACCCAAUCAGCAUUCCUGUGGGUCACCCUGACGAGAUCAGCCAGAUAUUUGACAGAAUUUCAUAUGCCAAAGGUGCUUCCAUCAUCCGCAUGAUGAACCACUUCCUGACGGAAGCGGCCUUCAGGCACGGCCUCAGCACCUACUUGGACGCCUUCAAGUACGACAACGCAGAGCAGGACGACUUGUGGCGGCACCUGACGGAGGCGGCGCACGAGGCCAGUACGCUGCCCCUCAACCUCACCGUCAAGACCAUCAUGGACACGUGGACGCUGCAGAUGGGCUACCCCGUCAUCAAGGUGGAGCGGAGCGCCGACGGCACUUCGGCCACUGUCUCGCAGGAGCGGUUCCUGCUGGUCAAGGACGACAACGCCGACGACACGCACGACUACAAGUGGUGGGUGCCGCUGACGUACACGAGCCAAGACCAGCCUGACUUCAGCCAGACGCAGGCCAAGGUGUGGAUGAAGGACUCGGAGGCGCAGGUCACCGUCACCUCCCUGCCGCCCAAGGACCACUGGGUCAUCUUCAACCUGCAGCAGACCGGCUACUACAGGGUCAACUACGACGACCACAACUGGAACCUGCUGAUCCAGCAGCUGCUCACCGACCACCGCGCCAUCGCCACCGUCAACAGGGCGCAGAUCAUCGACGACGCCAUGAAUCUCGCUAAGGCUGGUCAGAUGACUUACGGUACGGCUCUAGGGGUUUACAACUACUUAGGAACUGAAACAGAAUUCGUUCCCUGGGCCGCAGCCAUUGACAACUUGGCCUACCUGAAGGAGAUGUUCGCCCGCACAGGAGGCUAUGGAGCCCUCAAGAACUACCUGCUGGACAUCCUAGUUCCGCUGUACGACUCAGUAGGCUUCCAGGACCGCGACAAUGACCCGUUGCUUAACCAAUACAAGAGACAGAAGGCAUUGUCGUGGGCCUGCCAGUUGGAGCACCCAGACUGUCUGCGAAACGCCGCCGCCAGCUACGUCGCGUGGAUGGCUGAUCCAUCGAACAGCAGCAUUAUCUCUCCAAACCUCAAGUCCACCGUGUACUGCCACGCCAUCGCCUCUGGCGGAGAGAAGGAGUGGAACUUCGCCUGGGAGCAGUACCUCGCUUCCAACGUGGGCUCCGAGAAGAACCGGCUCCUUUCUGCAAUGGGCUGUACCAAACAUAUUUGGAUCCUUUCAAGAUAUCUGGAGAUGGCGUUCAGCUCAGACAGCGGCAUCAGGAAGCAGGACGCCUUCAGAGUUUUCGGCACGGUGGCCAACAACGAUGUGGGUCAGCCGCUGGCCUGGUCCUUCCUGCAGGAUCGCUGGCACGACAUUUACGAGUUCUACGGUAAAGCUAAGUCCCGCCUCAUUAAGUCUGCCACCAGGAGCUUCAACACCCAUUUGCAGCUGAAGGAGCUUCGGUUGUUCCAUCGCGAACACAAAGAGGACCUGGGCUCAGCGUCCCGGGCGGUGCAGCAGGUCAUCGAGCGCACCAAGGUCAAGAUCGCCUGGAUGCGCACGAAUUAUGACGUCAUUGUGGAGUGGCUGGACGCUAAUGGAUACUCCACGAAGCUCAGGAAUGCCUAGUAACACCCUUCUCUCUCUCUCUCUCUCUCUCUCUCUCUCUCUCUCUCUCUGUCCUACUCCCAUCCCUUCAUACAUGUCGUUUUUUUUUUCUUUUAUCGUUCAUCGUUUCCUGUUCUUCCUUUCUUCUUUCUUUUUUACUUUCUUCCUUCAUUCAUUUAUGCAAUCGUCCCUUUGCUCCUUCCUCACGCUUUAUUUUUCUCUCCCUUUAUCUAUUGAUGUUCCGAGAUCUUUUUCUUUCUUUCCUUUUUCUUUUAGAUUCUUUCCUUCACACACUUUUCUCUCAUACACUUCCUUUCCUUCUUCCUCUGUUCAUUGCAUCUUUUUUCCCUCUUGUUUUCAGUUUAUUGACGUUUUCCUACCAUUUUUUGCUUUCUGCUCCUUUUGUUUUCGUCUCCAAACCUUAAUAAGUUCUGGUAUGAUAAAUAUUUUUGUUCUGGAAAUUUCUUUAUUUCACUUAUUAAUCUAUAAUUCACUAUUAAAAUAAGGUGAUUAGAGAAUAGUGACAUAUGUUUUACUCUGAGAUUAUUAUUUUGGCUCAAGUCUUUUCUUGAUUUAGAAGGAUUAUUCUGCAUAUAUAAAAUUUUGGAUCCUUACAGUAUUCUUACUGAUUUUGAAGUGAAGCAGACUAUUCAAGUAUCCUUAAUAGUUUAGCCAUAUUAGUAUUAGCUCACUCAGGGUUCAUUUUACUCUAUUAGCGUGUGCUUAUUAUUUUUAUAAUAACGUUAAAGCAUUUUCAAUACAAUUUUUAUUUAUUUAUUUUUUUCACUUAUUUCAGGAAGUAUACUCCAUAUUUAACUUGCCUUGCCUUUCUAUUUCUUCCCCCUUUUUCUUUUUACUGACGUAUGUAUAUCAUCCUUCUUUUCCUUUCUUCCUAUGUAUUCAUUAAGCCUUCCUUUCUUCUCCUUUCAUUUCCAUCACUUUCUUCUUUUCAUCCUCUUCUGGUGGAAGUGGUCUUGACACCUUCCAAAUCGGCUGUCCUAUUUGCUCCUUUAUUCUCAGCGUUCAAAAACUCAUCUACUCAACAGUCAGUCUUAUCACACCUUCCACAAACAAACUUCUACUACCUCAAGCUAGCCGCUACACCCUAAGGUUUUGUCCUCGCCCCACUAAUCCCACCGCAAAUUCCUUUUAUCACUCAUGCAUCCUCAUAUAAGUCAACCUUCCUUCUAUUACACCACAAGCACUAUUUAGCGCAAACACUGACACCUGCUUCUCACCUCCUACAAUGUCUUCCUUUCCUAAUACUGACAAAAAAAAUGUAAGAACUAAUGGUAUGCAUUUAUGAAAGCCAUGAAGUUGUAUACAGCCAUACAUACUCCUUUAGAAUAUUCAUUGUAUAUUUUCUUUAAUGUGGUAGCGAAGUGUUGGAAUCGCCAGAAGGUUUCGUUCGAUCCUCCUUGUCUGUAACCAUUCCAUGUAGUUGUUCGAUUCAAGUUCAAGCGUGUCUUAGUACCCCUUUACUGCCCAUUAUAGAUACUGCCAAAUUAUAUCUCAUAUUUACCAUGCCAGUGUGUCUCUGUUUUUAGUCAAGUGUGUGUUAAUUAGGGUAUUUGUUCAUUUAUAUCUCUCUUUUCCUCCGCCUGUAGCCUUACAGAGCACUAGUGGUGGAGGAGGAUGUAAUUAAACAAUGCGUUGUGACAGGUGUGAAGAGGAGGUGUCGCCGAUCUAACUGGAUAUUGAUUGACUCUCACUUUCUCUGGUUUGUGUGUGUGUGUGUGUGUGUGUGUGUGUGUGUGUGUGUGUGUGUGUGUGUGUGUGUGUGUGUGUGUGUGUGUGUGUGACUGGUUUGGCAAAGGAGCACGGCAAAGAAAGAAACAGUAGACAGUUAUCAUACUGUUUUUCUACAAAAAAGAUGAAUUUGGUCAUAUGCAAACAUUGCAGUUACGAUCAUGCUAAAUUUUCAGGUAAUGACAUGUACAAGUUUCUUAUACAUAAGAAUGUUAGAUUAAAACAAUAAGGCUAUUAAAUACUUACAGAGAAGGUUUCCCGCCUCAGGUUAUUUACGGCGUGUUUCUGGGGCGUCCUCGUAAAGGACAAGUAAAGGGUGUCGACACCAGGCCGAGAACUGAAAGCGCCGCAGCUCCUCGCCGGGCACGAGACGUGUGUGACGCGUUUGCUUUGAGAUGAGUCACAUGACGUACUGCCACACUCCGCUUUCUUUCAAUAUCUAUAAUUUAUA